GGGACGCCCCCGAACGCCUCGGCCAACGCAUCCUUCACCGGCGAGCCCUCCGCCCCGCGCCUGCUGGCCUCGGCGGCACCCGCGCCCCCCGAGCGCGCGGGCCCAGAGGAGGCUCCGGCGGCGCCCUGCAACAUCAGCGUGCAACGGCAGAUGCUGAGCUCGCUGCUCGUGCGCUGGGGCCGCCCACGGGGCUUGCAGUGCGACCUGCUGCUCUUCUCUACCAACGCGCACGGCCGCGCCUUCUUCGCCGCCGCCUUCCAUCGUGUCGGGCCACCGCUGCUCAUCGAGCAUCUGGGGCUGGCGGCCGGCGGCGCGCAGCAGGACCUGCGCUUGUGCGUGGGCUGCGGCUGGGUGCGUGGCCGCCUACGGGCCCCAGCCGGGGCUCCCACAGCGCUGCCUGCCUACCCCGCGGCUGAACCCGGGCCGCUGUGGCUGCAGGGCGAGCCUCGUCACUUCUGUUGCCUGGACUUCAGCCUGGAGGAGCUGCAGGGCGAACCGGGCUGGCGGCUGAACCGCAAGCCCAUCGAGUCGACGCUGGUGGCCUGCUUCAUGACCCUGGUCAUCGUGGUGUGGAGCGUGGCCGCCCUCAUCUGGCCGGUGCCCAUCAUUGCCGGCUUCCUGCCCAACGGCAUGGAGCAGCGCCGGACCACCGCCGGCGCCCCCGCGGCCGCUCCAGCCGCCGUACCGGCAGGGACCUCCACCGCCGCCGCCGCCGCCGCUGCUGCUGCAGCCGCCGCCGCCGCGGCCGUCACCUCGGGGGUAGCCCCCAAGUGACCCCCGCUGCCCUGCGUCCGCGCUGUGUCCGCGCUCACACGCGCCUUCCACGCGGGAGACGCGGCAGGUGCGCUUCGUGCUGUCCUUAAUGUCCGUCCUUUUCCCGGGAGGGGACCGCGGAGAGGACCCAAGGAGGUGGUAAAACGAGGUUUGUGCUGAGCUUCUGGUUCUGAAAAGCAGGGGCAAGCUGUCAGACUGAAGCGUGGGAGCCAAGCUUGGCUCGAGGACACAAGGAAAAUGGGCUCUUCCCCCUGCGUUACCCCAUCCCAGCACCCACGUACCCUUUAUUCAUGGCAGAAAGUGACCUGAACCUGUGUAUUUGUUUUAUAUAUUUAAUAACUGUUUUAAAUGAAAGUUUUAGUAAAAAAAAAUACAAAACAAAAAGAUUCAACUGCUAUCGCUGUAGUAACAGGAGCUCUUUGUAUCUGAAUAUAGUUGUACUUGAAGCUUCUUGGUUUGUUUUCUUAUUUAUUUUAAAAAAGGGUGGGGGGAGGGCGAGGGAAGGAUUUGACACGGAUUUAUUGUUAUUGCUUU